GCAGAGCAGACCAGCAACUGUCAGAAGGCCAAGUCUUCUAGAUCGUGAGGAGGAGCAAACAGAUUACACAAAGCAAAACCCAGAGUUUCCCUUCCGCAACACUCUAGGCUUGAAGUGAGCGUGACCCGCAGAUCCGUGGUGGCUUCUUCUGCCGCCGUGGCUUACCAACUGGUGUAGACCCACUGGACGCGUUGGCUGCUACAAGUGCGUCGCGCAAGUUCUGCUUUUAACAACAGGCCCAACGUCUCGGAGCUGCGGGCACCACGCUCGAUCGGGAAUCGUGCAUCCAUUGCGUCGGCAAGGUCUUAGUGUGAAUCGUGUCAGAUCGUUUAGCCAUGGCCUUGCAUCUAGCCAACCCCGCUGUGGCUGCUCAAGGCUUCACGACGGCCGUCGGAUCUCCAUCCAACGGCCGGCGAUCAUUGGAACCAGUUUUCACUGUGCGACUUUCGCAUUCUGUCGCCAUUACCACCGCCUCCUUCCGUGCUUCCAGCAAUACCCGCGCAUUCAUCGUCAUUGGAAGCGCAGAUCCUUCUCACGAUCUACCGAUCUGCACCGUUCUGAACCCGACCACCGCUACAUUGCCCGGUUUGGGCGGCAGAUCCGGGUCUUCCGACGGCAAACCGUCAAGGCCGUCAGUCGUCACCAGCGCGGCCGCUUCUUCUGCCAGUUACGUGACGCAGCUUGGCGGCGGGGGAGGUGACGGCGCAGGGGGGAGCUCCGGCGGAGGCGGAAGCGGAGGGGGAGGGGGAGGAGGCGGGGAUGGGGUGGGUGGAGAGGGAAAUGCGGGGGAUGCGGAGAGCGACUAUGGGCCGAUUCUGGGUUGGCCGAAAGCGGAGGAGGUUUUAUCUAAGGCGGGUGUGACUCUACCGGAGGACAUGCUGGCGCAUGUGAAGGAGCACGGCAUUGCGGAACUGCUGCUGCAGCGCUACAUCGACCUGCAGGUGGGCGGAGGCAUCCUCGCAGCAGCCACCCGCUCGUACGCCGCUCUGCGCGACAGGCUCCUGGCGGAUCCCUCCUUCCUCUUCAAAGUGCUCACGGAGGUGGUAAUUGACUCUGGCUGUGCCACUUUUGCUGAGGUGCAAAAGCGUGGGGAAGAUUUCUGGAAGGAGAUAGACCUGUACACGUCCGACAUCCUAGUUGGCAUCGCUGUAGAUUCUGCCCUAGUCAGCAUGCUGGCUCCCAUGGCCAGGUUUGGCAGCAGCGCCGCAGCUUCGGCAGCCCGAGGCAGGCGAGGCUUGGUGCCGCCGGGCCUGGCGGCAGCUCUGGAAGCGCUCCCUAGCAGCAUGUUUGAGGCGGCUCUGCCUGGGAGGCGGUAUAGUGUGGUGCAGAGGGGUGCAACGUGGCUGGUGAAGGGAGCGCAGUAUGCCGUGGUGGGGUUCAGCUGUGGCUUGGUUGGUCAGGCGAUUUCAACCGCUAUCGUGACGGUCAAGAGGAAUCUGCGGAAGCCUGGAGAGGAGGAGGAGGAGGUCAAGAUACCGGGCCUUCUGCCCACCGCCUGUCUCUGGGGUGGCUUCAUGGCAGUGUCAUCCAACACGCGUUAUCAAAUCAUCAACGGCUUGGAGCGGGUGGUGGAGUCGUCAGCAUUCGCCCGCAGCACGCCCCUGGGAGCGCGCAUAUUCACUGUGCUCAUCCGCUUCAGCAACAACAUCUUCGGCAGCAGCCAAUUCGUAGAAGUGGCCCGUUGGAGCGGGGUUCAGUGACCACUCCUGAUACAGUCACAUGAUUCGUUAUCAGUAUCUUCACUGUGCUCAUCCGCUUCAGCAACAUCUUCGGCAGCAGCCAGUUCCCAGAAGUUGCCGUUGGAGCGGCGUUCAGUCAUCACUUCCGCUACAACUAGUAAAUUGGUUAGUUACAAGCAUCUUCACUGUGCUCAUCUGCGUCUGGAACAUCUUCGGCAGCAGCCAAUUCGUGAGGGUGGCUUGUUGGAGCGGCGCGCAAUGACCACCUCGAAACGGUGAUCUGCAAUCACUGCCUAUCGCCAUCCGUUGCACAAUCAGCUGCUAGGUUUAGUUAUCACGAUACGCUCCACCUUCAGCUACACUAUUGGUUCAACUAUUAUAUUGCUAGAUGACCUGAUUGCUUGGCUAUUUCUCAAAUUUGAACAUU